UCACACUUAGAAAUUUUGUGAUGCGAUGAUGGUGAGCUUAGCGUUUUAGUAGAGCGAGCGGGGGGUUGUGUUUUGAGGUGCCAAAGCGUCAUGUCUACUCCGGCGAGAAGGCGGCUGAUGAGGGAUUUCAAACGGCUACAAGACGACCCGCCAGCCGGAGUGAGCGGCGCUCCAACUGACAACAACAUUAUGCUCUGGAACGCCGUUAUAUUUGGACCAAAAGACACUCCUUUUGAAGACGGCACUUUCAAACUUACAAUUCAGUUCUCAGAAGAGUACCCUAACAAACCACCAGUGGUUCGAUUUGUGUCAAAAAUGUUCCACCCCAAUGUGUAUGCAGAUGGUAGUAUAUGUCUAGACAUACUGCAGAAUCGCUGGAGCCCUACAUACGAUGUAUCCUCAAUACUAACAUCAAUUCAGAGUCUGUUGGAUGAGCCGAACCCAAACAGUCCCGCCAACAGCCAGGCAGCCCAGCUGUACCAGGAAAACAGAAGAGAGUAUGAGAAGAAAGUACUGGCCAUUGUAGAGGAGAGCUGGAUGAACGUAUGACGUCAUCAAAAUGAUUUUGCUUUCGUGUACAUAUUUAUAUCGCACACAACACAACACUGAAUCACUAGUCAGAGCAAACUGCUAGAGUUCUCUUGGUCUCAAUGGCAGACACAUGUUGUAGUGGGCCUGCAGUAAGCAUCAUUCAAUGGGUAGUUGAGUCUUGUGUACAAUAAUGAUGUACCUUCUUGUCCCAGAAGCU